GUAAGGGACAGGAUGGAAAUGAGGGACAACAGGCUGGAGAUGAGGGACACCAAGAUGGAGGUAAGGGACAGGAUGGAAAUAAGGGACAGCAGGUUGGAGAUGAGGGACACCAAGAUGGAGGUAAGGGACAGGAUGGAAAUGAGGGACAGCAGGCUGGAGAUGAGGGACAGAAAGAUGGAGGUAAGGGACAGGAUGGAAAUGAGGGACAGUAGGCUGGAGAUGAGGGACAGCAAGAUGGAGGUAAGGGACAGGAUGGAAAUGAGGGACAGCAGGCUGGAGAUGAGGGACAGAAAGAUGGAGGUAAGGGACAGGAUGGAAAUGAGGGACAGCAGGCUGGAGAUGAGGGACAGAAAGAUGGAGGUAAGGGACAGGAUGGAAAUGAGGGACAGUAGGCUGGAGAUGAGGGACAGCAAGAUGGAGGUAAGGGACAGGAUGGAAAUGAGGGACAGCAGGCUGGAGAUGAGGGACAGAAAGAUGGAGGUAAGGGACAGGAUGGAAAUGAGGGACAGCAGGCUGGAGAUGAGGGACAGAAAGAUGGAAACAAAGAACAGGAGAAUGGACGUGAGGGACAAGUGGUUUGAGAAAUGGGACAGGAGAUGAGAGACGAGAGAUUGACAGCAGGAUGGAGAAGAAGGAGAGAAGAAUGGAGAUGAGGGACAGAGAAAUGAAGCUGAGUCAGGGGAAGAAACAAGUGUUUUUGAUUCAACGAAAGAGGAAAAAAGUUUAGUUUAUAAGCUUAUUAAAGUUUUAAAAGUAAACUCAAGCGCUCAAAGUUUGGUUCAAAUUACGUUUGACAAGAAGUGACUUUAGAUGUCAAGCAGACAAAAAUAAAGAAUUACUUACUCUGUUUCAAUUAUAUUUUAAUUAUAAGUCAUUUAAAAGUGAGGUAAGCCCUCAAUGUUCUGUUCAAAUCAAG